UUACGUCGGUCAGAAGAUUCCUGUGAACAAAGAAUCCAGCAGCACCAAAACACAAAAACAGACACACACUCAGUUCUCAUCAGACGUGGUCAGAUCUUCAGAUAAAAGUGUCUGUAGUGUCUGUCACACACGUGUUCAUCUCAUUCAGAGGGUUUUGGUGAAGGGACAAUUGUAUCACCGCUCUUGCUUCAGAUGCAGUCGCUGUCGUCGCUCUCUGCUGCCGAUCUCUUUCACAGUGAACACUGAGACGGGUUCACUGCAGUGCAGUUAUCCCUGCAAACCUGCUUCUGGUCACGACCGGCCCGCAGAUCAAUACUCACAGAACAACACCAGUGAGAUGGACGGAGACAGGAGUGAGACAGACGGAGACAGGAGUGAGAUGGACAGAGACAAGAGUGAGAGGGGCAGAGACAGGAGUGAGAUGGACAGAGGCAGGAAUGAGAUGGACAGAGGCAGGAGUGAGAUGGACAGAGGCAGGAAUGAGAUGGACAGAGACAGGAGUGAGACAGACGGAGACAGGAGUGAGAUGGACAGAGACAAGAGUGAGAGGGGCAGAGACAGGAGUGAGAUGGACAGAGGCAGGAAUGAGAUGGACAGAGGCAGGAGUGAGAUGGACAGAGGCAGGAGUGAGACGGACAGAGACAGGAGUGAAAUGGAUGGACAAAGGAGUGAGACGGACAGAGACAUGAGUGAAAUGGACGGACACAGGAGUGAGACAGAUGGAGACAGAAGUGAGACGGACAUAGACAGGAGUGAAAUGGAUGGAUACAGGGGUGAGACAGACAGAGACAAUGAGACGGGCGAUGACAGGAUUGAGAUGGACUUAUACAGGAGUGAGACAGACAGAGACAGGAGUGAGACGGACAGAGACAUGAGUGAAAUGGACGGACACAGGAGUGAGACGGAUGGAGACAGAAGUGAGACGGACAGAGACAGGAGUGAAAUGGAUGGACAAAGGAGUGAGAUGGACAGAGACAUGAGUGAAAUGGACGGACACAGGAGUGAGACGGAUGGAGACAGGAGUGAGACGGACAGAGACAUGAGUGAAAUGGACGGACACAGGAGUGAGACAGAUGGAGACAGGAGUGAGACGGACAGAGACAGGAGUGAAAUGGAUGGACACAGGAGUGAGACGGACAGAGACAGGAGUGAAAUGGAUGGAUACAGGGGUGAAACGGAUGGAGGCAAGAGUGAGACAGAUGGAGACUGGAGUGAGACGGACAGAGACCGGAGUGAGACAGAUGAAGACAAAAUGGAUAAUGGACGUUUAUCAACCUCAUUAGAGAGUGACAUACAAGAACCUCCCAAACCUGCUCCCAGAAAGAGGGCGGAGCCUCAGGACCCUCUUCGCCCCACCCCCAGAUCACCAGAUCAUCGCCCUGAAAACGUGUCGUCUCAGAGCACUGUCCGUAAGGAACAUCCCUGGAUGAAGCUGGUUGAUCCUGGUCCUUGGUCUCAUCUUCCUGCGGCUCCAUCCUCUCAUUCCCGCCACUGGCCCAUGACCUUUAACCCCUUCCUGCAGGACAAGUCCAAGGAUGAAGAGAAAAACCCCACCAGCUGCGAAGCCUCAGUUGCACACAAAGCCUCAUCUUCAGUUCCCAGCAUGCACCAGGCUGUAGCUUCUGUUCAUGGUUUUCCGCUAAUAAAGAGGAAGGUGAUCACAGACACGCGUGUGUCAGAGAAGCAGGUGUGUGUGGAGCAGAAGAAGCUGGAGGAGCGUCUGCUGGAGCUGGAGAGGAGAGGAGUGCAGCUGGAGACCGAGAUGAGGAGAUGCACCAAUGAGAAUCUUCUUGUCGACUGGUUCCUUCUGGUUCAUGAGAAGAGCAUGUUAGUGCGCAGAGACACAGAGCUGGUGUAUAUGGUGAAGCAGCAGCGUCUGGAGGAUCAACAGGCCGAUGUGGAGUUUGAGAUCAGACACCUCUUUAACAAACCAGAGCAGGACUGGAGCUCUGACGACAGACAUCAGGAACAUCUGCUGAUGUCACGCCUGCUGUCAAUCAUCCAGCAGAGGAAUGACAUCAUCAGCAGCCUGGAUCAGGACAGGCAGAGGGAGAAGGAGGAGGACACGAUGCUGACCGCUGUGAUCCAGAGGAUGGAGUUCCUGACGCAGAUGGACACACAGCUGGACAAAUGCAGCAGGAGCUUUAAACGCCUUCAGAUGUUCAAGAAAUCCAGCUGUAAGACUGAAAACACCAGCAGAAGAAAGAAGAAAAACAGCUGAAGAACGGAAAGAGCCUGUUCAUUAAAUAAUGUCCAAAAACUGAAAAUAAACCCAGCCUUCUGGACAAACUGAACUGUGUAUUUCGAGCUGUAUAUAUACUGAGUUUAUAGGUGUGUAGCAUGGCCACAUCUUAACAGUAUUUAUCAUUUAGAUCUACCAUUUUCAUACUUAUUUAUUAGCUAAGAUGUCUUGAGCAUUAGUUAUUGCACGAGUCCCAGUCUAACCAUGAUCUCAUUGUAGCGCUUUUUUCCCUUUCCUAUAUAGAUAAAUA